AAACCUCACCCAGAUCUACCUGCAGCAGCUCACCGCUCCCAUCACCUCUCCCAAAACCAUGUCCUGUGAGUCUUGUCUGCCCGCCCUGAGCUGCCGCACCAGCUGCUCCUCCAGGCCCUGCGUGCCCCCCAGCUGCCAUGGCUGCACUCUGCCUGGGGCUUGCAACAUCCCCGCCAAUGUGGGCAACUGCAAUUGGUUCUGUGAGGGCUCCUUCAAUGGCAAUGAGAAGGAGACCAUGCAGUUCCUGAAUGACCGCCUGGCCUCCUAUAUAGAGAAGGUGAGACAGCUGGAGAGAGAGAAUGCAGAGCUGGAAAGCAGGAUCCAGGAGAGGAGCCAGCAGCAGGACCCCCUGGUGUGUCCCGCCUAUCAGGCCUACUUCAGGACCAUUGAGGAGCUGCAGCAGAAGAUUCUGUGUGCUAAGUCUGAGAACGCCAGGCUGGUGGUGAAGAUUGACAAUGCCAAGCUGGCCUCUGACGACUUCAGGACCAAGUACCAGACUGAACUGUCCUUGAGGCAGCUGGUGGAGUCAGACAUCAACAGUCUGCGCAGAAUCCUGGACGAGCUGACCCUCUGCAAGUCUGACCUGGAGGCUCAGGUGGAGUCCCUGAGGGAGGAGCUGCUGUGUCUCAAGAAGAACCACGAGGAGGAAGUCAACACCCUGCGCUGCCAGCUGGGAGACCGCCUCAAUGUGGAGGUGGAUGCUGCUCCCACUGUGGACCUGAACCGUGUGCUCAAUGAGACCAGGUGUCAGUACGAGGCCCUGGUGGAAACCAACCGCCGGGAAGUGGAGGAAUGGUACACCACACAGACUGAGGAGCUGAACAAGCAGGUGGUGUCCAGCUCAGAGCAGCUGCAGUCCUGCCAGGCCGAGAUCAUCGAGCUGAGACGCACAGUCAAUGCCCUGGAGAUCGAGCUGCAGGCCCAGCACAACCUGAGAAACUCUCUGGAGAACACCCUGACAGAGAGUGAGGCUCGCUACAGCUCCCAGCUAUCCCAGGUGCAGUGCCUGAUCACCAACGUGGAGUCCCAGCUUGGUGAGAUCCGGGCUGACCUGGAGCGUCAGAACCAGGAGUACCAGGUGCUGCUGGACAUCCGGUCUCGACUGGAGUGUGAGAUCAACACAUACAGGAGCCUGCUGGAGAGCGAGGACUGCAACCUCCCCUGCAACCCAUGUGCCACCACCAAUGCUAGCGGCGGCUGCUGUGGACCUUGUGGCAGCUCUCGUUGCUCUUAAGUGAACUGAUCCCCUUUGAAGAUGUCAAUGAAACCAUUUAGUUCAAACUCAGGAACAGUCCCCAGGCCCCUCCUUUGCAAGGACUUCCAUUGCCAUUAAGAAACAUCAUCAUGACAACUGUGAUUUUUAGACAAAGAUGUGCUUUCCAGAACCAGCGAGCAAGUUCCUGACCAACUCCUUCAGUUGAAGGUUGAGUCUCUUUGCUGCGCAGGUGUCACAUGUCUGCAACUGGAGGUUGGCAUAGAGGGCGUUUCCUGUACAAGUCUCCAUUUCCUGCCUUCCUUUCUUCUCUGGUGUUCUCUGGAAUGCAAGGAGACAACUUCAUUUACCUCCCAAUAAACUUUAUUUCUCUGGCAUAGUAAA